CGACGAGUGUCCAUUCCCAUGCCCGCGACUUCCGUUUCGGUGGAGCCGGGCUGCGGCCAUUGUUUGGGAGGACCAAGUGUUCUGGCCGGUGGCGGUUUCCCCCAAGAAAGGUUCCGUAAGUGACGCGGACGCUCCGGAGGACAACGCUUAGAAGCGGACAAGAACGAGGAGAACAGCGGCUGAGGGAAGUAGCAGAGAAGUGGGGACUGGGGACAGCGAAGCGCCCCGGCUGGGAAGUCCCGGAAACACGGUUUGUAGGGCCCUACCUGGUACCAGCAGGGAAGGACUCAUGCCUCCGCUUUCCAGAUGAGGAAACCGAGGCCUCCGGAGCUCUCGGAAGUUUGGCUGUUUGCAAAGUUCCACAAGUGGUUGACGGCCGAGUUGAGACUAUGACCAGGUCCCUUGAGCCCUAGAUCUAAGAUCCUCCGAGACGCCAGUUCAGCCAUCUCAACAUUCGACCCUCCCCCACAGGAGGAGCACAGGAGAAAGGAAUGUAUUUUGCUGUACUUGUUAUCUGAUUCCAGAACAGCGGAAAGAACUCCCAUCUGUUGGUUCACUUCCAAAUGCCCACAGUGGAUCUUGUGGACACUGGCUGACACCAAAACUGGGAGGCAAGAACUCCAUUCACUUGAGUCGUCACUGCUGUCUCCCAGGGUCUGCAUUAGCAGGAAGGUGAAGUCAGGAACAGAGCAAGAUUUUUUCAUACUGGAAAGCCUGAUCUUUGACCAGAUGGCAGUAACAUUUGAAGAUGUGACUGUUACUUUCACUUGGGAGGAGUGGAACUUCCUGGACUCUUCUCAAAAAAAGCUGUACAGGGAAGUCAUGUGGGAGAACUACACAAAUGUCAUGUCAGUAGGUAAAGUAAUCCCAGCUGGAAACUGGAAUCAGAGUUACAAACCCCAAGAAGAAAGAUUCAGAUAUUUAGAAUGUGAAAAUUCUUCCUGCUGGCAAGGCUGGAAGAAUGCUGGCACUCAGAUAUGUAAGGAGACUGUUCAGGCAGUAGAUUCCGAAGACCUAAAGCAGCAAGAUCUUUCCCAGUGUCAAGAAUGGCUAGUACUCUCCACCCAACUACCAAGAUAUGGAAACUGUGAACUCACUUUUGAAGGAAAAAUCCCUGGGAACUUAAAAUAUAAAAAUUUCAUACCUUGGCAUUCCUUAGAAACAAAAAUCACUCAAGAUUAUGAUAAAGAAAUCUACAUGAAUGACUCACAUGGCUUUCAAGGGGACAUAGACCAUCUUGGCAGUUCUAGGAAAAAUCUCUCAAUGGGAAAAGAACCAAAGCUUAUAGUUCAGCAUUCUUAUAUUCCAAUAGAAGAAGUUCUUCCAGAGUACAUUGAUGAGGUAUGCCAAAAUGACCUACUGAAAGACUCAAAGGAGGAGAAAUGCUGUGGAUGUAACAAAUGUAAAGAACUUUAUUCUUGGAACUCACAGUGUAGUCUCCAUAAGAGAAAUCAACCUGAAGAAAAGCUUAAUCAGUGUUCCAUCAGCACAGCAGACUUCUCUCAGAGAUCAGAUUUGUGUAGACAUCCAAGAAUCCUCAUAAAUAAGAAGCUGGAUGGAUAUGACCAAAGUCAGAGUUAUACAGAGAAUGCAGACAUCCAUGUAUUGGAUGAUGAAACUGACAUUAACUUUAGUCAGAGUUCAGGAGUUCAGUUUUAUCCUAGAGCCCAGAAAGCGGAGAUACCUUGUAUCUGCAAUGUGUGUGGUAAAAGCUUCAGUCAGAUCUCUUGUCUUCACAGUCAUCAGAGAAGCCACAUACAAGAGAGCCACAUACAAUUUGAGUGUGAUAAGGAUCUCCACAGAAACUCAAUACUUCACAUUCAGGAGAGACUUAACAUAGAAGAGAAGCCGUUUAAGUGUGAUCAGUGUGAUAAGAGUUUUAGUCGAAAUUCAGUACUUCAUGUUCAUCAGAGAGUCCACACAGGAGAGAAACCAUAUAAGUGUGAUGAGUGUGGUAGGGGCUUCAGUCAGAGCUCAAACCUUCGAAUUCAUCAGUUAGUACAUACAGGAGAGAAGUCCUAUAAAUGUGGAGACUGUGGUAAGGGCUUUACGCAGCGCUCAAAUCUUCAAAUUCAUCAGAGAAUACAUACAGGAGAAAAGCCUUAUAAAUGUGAUGAGUGUGGAAAGGACUUUAGUCACAGCUCAGACCUUCGCAUUCAUCAGAGGGUUCAUACAGGGGAGAAGCCCUAUACUUGUCAUGAAUGUGGGAAGGGCUUCAGCAAGAGUUCAAAGCUUCACACUCAUCAAAGAGUACAUACUGGAGAGAAACCCUAUAAAUGUGAAGAGUGUGGUAAGGGAUUCAGUCAGCGUUCACAUCUUCUCAUUCAUCAGAGAGUCCAUACAGGGGAAAAACCCUAUAAAUGUGAUGACUGUGGAAAGGGCUUUCGUCACAGUUCUAAUCUUCAUAUUCAUCAGAGGGUCCAUACCGGAGAGAAGCCUUAUCCAUGUGCUAAGUGUGGUAAGGGUUUCAGUCAUAGCUCAGCUCUUCGGAUUCAUCAAAGAGUUCACGUGGGAGAGAAAACUUACAAGUGCCAAGAGUAUUAUAAGGGAUUUGACCAGAAUUUACAUAUUCACAAUAAUCACCAAAGAGAAACUUUAUAAAUCUGUUCAUUUAGUUAACAACUUUAAGUAAAACUUAAACUUUAAAAUGCGACUGGAAAAGAUAGCCUAUAAAUAGCAUAAGUGAUGCCAAGCAACAUAUAUUGUUCCCCUUAACUCCCACUAACAAUUAUUUGCUUCAGAGGAGAUUCUUAGGGAGAGUUCUAUAUAUUUAAAAUUAAAGUAUAUUUUCUUUACAAUAAAACAUAAUAUGUGAUUAUUAUAAAAUAUAUUUUGAAAAAUUAAUAAAAUUCAUCUUGAUUAUUCUAGUCUUCCUGUGAAUUUUAAUAUACAUGAAAUAAAAUUCUAUUUUCAACUCUA